AAUUUCAGCAUUUAAUUUUGGACCUACAAUUUUGUAUAUUUUCUAGAAGUAAACAUUACAUAAUGGAAGAGGAGGAUGGCGGAAUGAAGGACAUUACAUUUCAGUUAGAGUUCAUGCCUGAUAGUUUUAAGAGGCAAAUCAAAUACAAGAGCUUGCGUAAAACUGUGUUUUACAAGAAGAUUCCUCUGCAGAAGAAACUAAAGCUCGCCCUUGAAAGAAAUAUCGGUCCCCAUGCCUACAUAAUAGUUAACGAUACAGUCUACAAGUGCCAAGUGUUCGUACUCCGCAUCUACUGCACGCUGUUUAUCAACAACCUUAAGCGGGGUGACGUAGUCAAGUUUCCCAGGGACGCGAUGAGCAAUGAGUGCUUUGAAUGGGCCUAUGCCUGGAUGACAAGUAAUGAGAUACAUUUGCCGCGUGAGAACAUAUUGAAUUUUCUAGUGGCCGCACAAUAUUUGCAGUGCACUCCCUUGAUCAAGCGCAUCUUUGAGUUCCUAAGCGACCACAGAACCAACUGCGAACUUUUUUCAUUUAGCUGCUAUUUGAAGGCCAGAGAUAUGGGUAUGGCCCAUAUAAGCGACAUGAUAUUUCCCAGGGUGAGCAAGUCUUUCCUGGUACUAGUGUCCAAUGGAGAGUUCAUAGAGAUGAAUAUCGACGUCGCGUGCACUCUGCUGAGAUCGAGGCUCUUGGCUGUACAAAACGAGAUCGAGAUUUUUUAUUCAGCUCUGCUCUGGCUAAUAUCAAAAUAUGAGAUGCGCGUGAAGUACAUUCCCCGUGUGUUGGGCUUCGUAAAAUUUCAUAUGAUUCCAUCCGUAUUUCUUCUUCAAUGGACGAGCAAUCUCAAAGAUCUCCAACCAGAACUUGCGAGUAACCUAUUCCACCUUAUACACAAUGCGAUGCUGGGCCAGUUCGAAUAUUAUACGGAAACCUUUCAGUCAAAAUCUAUGAUACGCUGCUAUCGGCGCUGGACUUUGGAUCCAAAGUGUCCAUACUUAUCACAAUUCAAUGCAAACGGUGACUUUGAUCUGUCCCUAGAUGUAUUUUUCCGCUAUCUGCGGCAAAUACAUAAUGCACCUAAUCGUUUUAUAGCUCGAUUGAUAAUGAAGGAAAAUAUGGAAGAUAACAUUGGUGAUGCAAUGACGAUAACUGAACCAUCGACAUCAAAAAAUUCCGAAGCAGAUUUGGAGGAGCCAUCCUAUUUGGAUGUGAAUUAUUAUAGCGGUACUAAGAGUAGCACAUCAAGCUCGCGAAUCAGUGCAGGAGAAUAUAACUGUAGUGUUGAGAGUACAAGUUCUACCGAAGAUUUGGAUGCCGCUCUUAAUGUGAAAGCGAAAAUAGAAUCCGAUUUUUCAAGGGAACAACGGACCGUUUAUAGAUCGGCAGUCGAUAGUUUAUAUUUGCUUUAUAAAAACAAUUCCUUUUUUGAUUCCGAUUUGGAUUCUUCUGAAUCCUCUACAACCACAUCAAUAGAUUCUCUGACGGAUUGCAAAAACGGAACUGUUUAUGUUACUGUAGUAAAUUUUCCUGCAGAAUCCACAGCUGAUUCUAACGCAAGGUAUUUCUCGGAUUCCAGCACAUGUUCCGUUUGUGAUUCCGAAAGGGAAUCCGUUCAUGAUUCCAAUGUAGCGUCUACACCCAAUUUGUCUACAGAAUCCUGCACAGAGUGUUCCGGUACAGCUUCAUCGGUUUAUUCACAAACCGAGUAAAAGUUCUGAGGUAAAUGAAACGGA